AUGUCGAGGCCUCCUUCGUCCCAGACCACACCUCAGUUCCACAGAGUCAGUGACAGAGAUCUCACAGAGAUAGAGCUUCACUCUGUGGACUCCAUCAACGACCUCCACCGCACACACCUCGAACACAGCAACAAAGGGAUGAGGCCUCCUCGUCCUGCUUACACACCUUCACAUCAUGGGACCCUUUACAUGAGUGACAAUCAAAGAGGCCAUCCAGUCAGCAGCAAAUGGCAGAGCCAUCUACAGAACCUGUUGACGCCCAGUUCGUCACGUGCUUAUGCCAUGAGCUGUGCCGUCAUCACUUUGCUUCUGCUAACGGUGUUUCUCAUCUUCUAUUUCCUGGUCCAGCAGGGCGGCGCAAUCCAGAUGUUGACGGAGGCAGUGCGAGAGAAAGAGGCUGCAGCCACAGAGCUGUCACUGCUGAUCCAAGAACUGCAGGCGCUGAGACACAACCUGACAUCAAUGCGAGGACAAUGGACAUGAUGAAAACAAAAC